UACUGGAAGGACCAGCACCUGCGCUGGACGCCUGCCGAGCACGAGGGCAUCCAGCAGGUUCACCUGGACCCCAGCGACCUCUGGAUGCCGGACCUGGCGCUCUACAACAGGGUUGGGGGGGACGUGGCCCCCACGUGGGGGGCGGCGCCCCUGCUGGUCAAGAGCGACGGUACAGUCAUGUGGUUCCCUCCUUCAUACUUCAAGGUGCCCUGUGCGCUGGACCUGGCGCUGUGGCCCAGAGACACCCACAACUGUACAGUCAGCCUGGGCAGCUGGGCACACUACGGGGCCCAGCUAGACCUGGUCCUCAUGGGGAACAAUAGCGGGGUGGUGAUGGGGGAGCUGCACCAGGGCCCCCAGUGGGAGGUGGUGGGUGUGGUGGGUGCCCGCAACACCCACAUCGACCUCACCAUCGUCUUCACCGUCACCCGCCGCGCCAGCCAACACGCUGCUUACAUUAAUACGUCCAUGAUGGGUGUGUGA